AACGAUAGACGCAACAUUUAGAGCACACAGCCUGACAACCCUGCCCCUGCCUCUUCGCUCCAACUCUGGCUCUUGCUUCGAUUGUAAUUUGUUCCGUGUUGAGAGGCGAGGGCGCCAUCCUAAAUGGCAUUGCACGACCGCCAGGAGCGAGCCAAGCGACCAACGAAUAGCAAGAAGAGCAAGUGCCCGCAACUCAGACCGUGACUCCGCCAGCGUAUCCCAGACUCCGACUCCUCUCCAUAGACGGCCAGGAGUCGUCGCCGCUGGCAAGGCGGCCCUAACCCCUGGAAGCUCCCGAUUCGGUGUGCAGCUAGUGGAGCACCAUGUGCGAGGUGUGCGCCGACUUCCAGAAUCUCCUGGAGCUCUAUGAGGUGCGCGUGGCCAGCUCGGAUCUGAAGUUCCAGCUGCUGCUGAAGAGCGAGAUCGAGACUACCUUUAACUACAUCCAGUCGUGGCCGCAGCGUCAGUGCAUGUGCCUGUACCGGGACACCAAGAACUAUGACCGUUUCAACCUGGUAGUGCAGUCGCUUAUCUGUCUGACGGUGCAGCAUCUUAAACACAUCGACCACCUCAUCGACAACUACAAGCGGCUAACGGCCAGUGCUGCCCAGGUGGUGGCUCAGGCCCAACAGCAGCGAGAACAGCAGCGUGACGAAGCGUCAGCCCAGGCAGAGGCAAAGGAAUCAUCCGCGCCAGCGGAAGAAGCAAAAAAGGAGGAGCCAUCUGGAUCCGCCGGCGAAGAGGCUCAGGGCUCCGGCGAUGGGCCAGCCAAAAAGCCGCCAGUUGGCCCCUGCACUCCCCCUCCCCCGCAAACGUCCAAUCCUCAGCACAAAUCCCACCUGCAGUACACAGAGGAGCCCUGGAUCCUGCCCGAGGUGGAGAAACUGUUGGUGCUCGUCUCAAAGGUGUUCCUGCUCAACUUCCCGCUGUACAUCGCCCACAAACAUGGCAUGCACUCUCGGCUGGACGACCUGCAGGCUGAGGAGGCCCACCACCUGGCCCUCAUCUGCGAUCUUCACGACAACGACCUGCCCAUCUACCUGCUGCGAAAUGUGAGCCUCUUCUGCAACUCGGGCGGCUUUGGCGCCAUGUCGCUGUGCUUCGAACAUCCCGAUCUGCCAGUGUCCACCGCUCACUCGAUGACCGCUGCCGUCUCAAAUGUGAAACUUUGGCUGAACUAUCAUUGUAAUACGCAGCUCUUCGUGCCUCUGCGAAGUCGGAUACUGCAGUACAUGUGCAAGCUGUCGGAUCAGAGCCUCCGAUCUGCCGCUACACGCGCGAUGGCCGAUUUUGUGUGGUCCUCUAUGCGGGACCCACUGGAUGUUGCAGUCAACUUCGACACCGAAGGAUUGGCCCUGGCCUUUAAGUACUUUACAUCGACCACGCUGACCAUGCGACUGGCAGGCAUGGCCCAGAUCAACGCACACAUUAAUCUAUUUAACGAGAUCUGCACCACCGAAACGGUCAACGAAGUGGAGCUGUUCGGGCAGCGCAUCGCGAACUGGUUGACUGAAAAUCAUAUAGUGCAGCACCUGUUUGGGCCGAAUCUGCACGUAGAAAUCGUUAAACAGGCACACGUGCUGCUCAACUUUUUGGCGGUAGAGAACCAGAUCUCUGAAGAGGACAUCAAGCUGAUCUGGCAAGCCACCCAGCUGAAGCACUGCUCAAAGACGAUCUUCGACAUCCUGCCUUCGCUGGUGAAGAACCUGACCCCGCGCCCGGCAAUGCACCUUUACUCCCUCCUUUGCCGCAUGGAUCCCAAGGAGCACACUGAGCAGAGCAUAUACAUAGCCUCAGCGCUAACGAAACAGCUGUGGACUCGUGAUACCUCACGCAGCCAAAUGAACCUAAUGCAAGAUCACCUGCUGGGGUCAAACGUCACCGCUUCCAGCUCUGACAGCGGCAGCAUUGAGGGAAGCAACACAGAGGACGACCACGUUGGCGCCGACGACAGUAGCAUUGCCAGCGGUGGCGGCGGCGGAGGUGUCGGUAACAAGAGUCCAAUCGAUGGAGUUACUCCAUGCAAGCAGGCCCGGCACAGAAGGCACAUCUGUGACCCCACCACGGAGAAGGGAAAGCAGAUAAGUCCCGAGGAUAUGGGCAAAGUGGACUUGGUGAACAAACGCAUUGUGAACAUUAUCGACAACACAAGCAGCGAAGAGGAACUGCAAUCGCGGGCCGCACUGGAGCUGCAACUGCAUCGCAGCCGCAAGAAGACGAGCAACAAGCGACGGCGACAAAAAACCAACAAGCAGAUCAUUCUACCCCAUGAGCUCGUCGAGAUUUGGGACGGAGUUGAAGAUGUGCCCAGCAGUGACGAGGCAGAUGGCGAAGCCGAUGGUGAUGGCGAGGGCGAACUUCUUGCGGACAGCGACGAGUGCAGCGAUGGUGCUACGAGUCAGCUGGUGCCCGACGCCGUGCUAAAGCAUCUGCAAGGAGAGGGACCUUUUAUCAGGGCCAUCGAGACCAAUAUCAAUGAGCUGCUUAGUGGUGCCGAGAACGAUGGCAGCUACUCAUCCCCGAUGAGUAACAAAUCCGAGAAGAACCUGGCUGACUUCGAUGACGAGGACGUGUCGCCUUGCGAGGAGGAGCUGGCCCAGCUGGUCAGCUCCCGCGCAAAUUGUUCGGACGUUCCACCAGCCUUUGCAGCCGCGGCCGCCGCCAUGAUGGUGGCCCAGUCUGCGAUGGCCCUUCAAAAGUCUGGGGAGUCGAAUGUGGCUGCUGCUGCCGCUGCUGUGGCCGCUGCUGCAGCGGCUACCGGAACUGCUCAGCAAACGCUGGUGGCGAUGAACCGGCAGGCCAGCGUUGCUGCAGCUGCCGCCGUGGUUGCUGCGGCCAAGGCAAAGUCGGACUCAGAUGUCGAUCUGAUGGAGGUGGUUUCCGGCGGAAAGCAGCACCAUUCACCAAAGGCAAGCCAGGGCAGCUCUACGUCAGGGAGUACACCGGUGCAGCCCUCCUUCAAGCUAAAUGAUGUCUGCCAGCCUGGAAACACACUGCUGUGGGAUUUGCUUCAAGACGAUAAAAUUGGCCAACUGGGGGAGUCUCUGGCUCUAGAGGCAGAGAAAGCUCUGGCCACUCUCCUGUGUUUCAGCAUGGACCGCCAACUGCGAACGAAAUUCAUCGAGGGUUGUCUGUAUAACGUCGCCAACAACCGGAGCGUUAUUGUCAGCCUGCGACUGCUGCCCAAACUGUUCGCCUCGUUCCAACAGUUUCGACCCUCGGACACGCACUCUAUGACGCUGUGGGCAGAGCGAAAUCACCGGAUGAUGCAGUGCUUUUUCAAUAAUAUACGUCACUAUGCGCGUCGCCAUGCCGAGGUACUGAUCACCCAAAACGGAGAGCAGCAGCAGCAGCAGCUGGGCGGACAACUCUACUCACACAAGACACAAGUUUCUGUAAGACUGCAGUUCCUAUCAUCGAUAUUCUCGACGGUGGGAUCCCCGAAAAGCUUCCGCCUAACGCUGGAGCAGCUUGACGCGCUAUGGGAGUGGCUGGCCCACGAUCCGGAGUGUGCCGACUGCUACUUUUCGUGGCUGCAGGCACAGGCCAAAGGCGGUGAUCAGCAUGCUUUGGGCAUUGAAGCACUGCAACAUUUGUAUUUGAAGAAACUCCCAGAGCUGCGACCGGAGGAGUUCUCUAUGGUUGCGUUGGGACUAUUUCAACAGCUCUGCAGCUUCGCCCGCAUCGCCAUGGCCGAGUACGACAAUCAUAGCGACCAGAUCUCGGCGAGCGCCAGUGCCGUUGGCAUGUACCAUCUUUGGAAGAUCGCGUUGCGCGCCCAGAGCAACGAUGUCUCCCUGGCGGCCAUACAGUACAUCAACAUGUACUACAUGGGUCAACAAUUGCGCCUGGAGAAGGAGUUCGUUUCCCAGUGCAUGGAAAACCUAGUUCAAGCGGCCACGGCUUUGGAAAGCAUCGAUGAUGAGAAUGCUUUGAUGCGUGUCCAGCGUGGCCUGCUCUUGCUGAACACCCAUUUGGAUACUUUCCGGCGUCGAUACGCGUUUCAUCUGCGCCGCUGGGCCAUCGAAGGCAAAGGGAUUGGGUCGCACAGCAACCUUAAAAAUGAGGGAGCGGGUCCACCACUACGAAUAGUGCUGCAACAGGCAGGACUUUCGGAAAAAAGCCUUUUGCAGAUGCACGCGUGUGACUUAAUCGCCGACCUCAAGGCGGAGGUGUCCAAGUGGUGGGAGAGCCUCCAAACUGGACUGGCUGCUCCUGUGCUGGGUCUGCUGCUCAGCGAUGGACCGCUACGUAUUAUCACACAGGGACAGGAGUUGACCUCGGACUACGAUGAACGGAGUCUAGGAGAUGCUGGAUUCAAGGAUAACCAGAUCGUCUACGUAUCGUUGGGUGGACGUGGAGCCAGGCGAAAGGAAUCCAAUUUGGAGCACCCGUCAAUGCUGCCGCCCCCACCAAAGGAGUGUUUGCCCACGGUGCUCCUGCUGCAGCCAAAGUACUUCGAGAAGCUAUUUUGCCUGAUGCAGACCCUGGGCGAUAUGCAACCACAAGCGUCGACUGUAAAUCCCCAGCACCACACAAAGGCGCAAUUGCUCUCGCGACGCGUUUGGGAUAUCCUCGCCAUGCUGCCAACCAAUCCGCACAUUCUAGACGCCUUUAAGAGUCUGGUUACGGACCUAAGCGAGCUCGAGCAGCUGGAUGCUGGCGGAGAGGAGGAGCAACUGGCCACCAAGCGCAAGCAGAUCAAGCAGAAGUUCAGAGAUCUUCUCGAUCCGAACAACCUUCAAAAAUUCAUGUACUCCCUCCAUAUUGUGGAGAGUCUGGCCCUAACCAGCUCCAGACGCGGCGAAUCCAACGGCAAUGUGGCCAUGGGACAUCCACCGGAACAGGUGCGAGUGAAGAAAUCCUCGAUGGGAAGACGGAGAAAUAGCAACGAGCAGCCGCCACCACCACCGCCAGAGGUCAAGAUGAGCAAGGAGCAACUGUGCGAGCUGGAGGCCCCACUGACGCCCACACCCUCGACUGGCUUGCAGGAUGUGGAAACGGAGGCCAGCAGUAGCAGCGGUGGCGACAAAGAAAACCAACCGAAACAACACAGCAAGCGUCAGAAGAAAGGCGAUACUUUUGAACAGGAAAAGGAGCGCCCAGUGGGUUGCUCCACGCCGCCGUCUCCAACUCCUCCGCCACCAGCACUUUCGGUGAUGGAAAGAGGUGACAAUAAAUGGAGUGAGGCGUUCGUAAAAUGUGGUGGCCUUCGUCAUCUGUACGAAAUCUUCAGUGAAGGCCAACUACAACAAAGCGCACAUCCCAAGGAGUUGGCUUUAAAUGAAUGGCGGCACGAUUGCCUGGCCAGCCUGCUGCGCAUUCUCUGGCUUCUAGGAUUCGAGGAACUGCAGUCGGCGGAUGCCCAUGUUCUGAUGUCACGACCGCACCCGUUUAUGCUACAGUUGAUGGAGGUACCACAGUGCCUGACCCGACUCUCAUCGAUCCUUAACGACGAAGUUCACCAGCAGCAUCAGGCUUCUUCGGCCAAUCCACUGGUGUUCCCCUAUCAGUUCCAGCACUUGCGCACUGGCUUUUGGGGCAGGGCCCAGCUCAUCCAGUUCGCUAUGAACAUCCUAGUGAGUUUUGUGCACGCCUCAGCGGAAGCAAGAAGGCUUCUCUGGGCCCCGACUGGUACCGAUCACUGUCGAUGGCUGCAGAAGUUCAUACUGGAGGAUCCCGAACCGGCGGUGCGGCGUGAGAUAUGCGCUGGCCUUUAUCGCAUUUGCUUAGGAAACGCACAUAGCUAUCGCCUCUUACUAGCACCACUGCUACACAAGCUCAUCGCCCUGUUGCCAUUGGCUGAGCAGAUGAGCUCUGGCACCCAGCACACGCAGUUUUUGCUCUCGGAAGAGGGCAAGGAUCCCUACGGACCCGCCUGCCGUGACUACUUUUGGCUGCUGGCCAGAUUAGUGGAUACUCUCUCCCCGGAAAUGGUGGCCGAGGAGCACAUCGACAUUGAAAUGCUGUGCGAAAGCAUCUCGCAGAGCAUUCUCACCCGAGAGUAUUAUGAACUGCGCCAUGGUUACCAGGACGAUGGCUUGGUGGGUCUCUUAAAUCUCAUGUCGAAUUUGAUCAAGUACGACACCACAUUCAAGUACACACCCAAGGCGUUAUCCUUUAUUGAGCAACUGAUUGGCUUCCUGUUUGACAUGCCCUCGCCGGCAGAUCGCCAGAAGCCCAAGUGCAAGUCGGCGUCGUCUCGAGCAUCUGCCUACGAUCUCCUGGUUGAACUGUGCCGUGGCUGCGCCACGAACUAUGCAUAUCUGCAUGGUCGUCUGUUGGCACAACACAAAUCCGGACCCAUGCAGCCGUAUCCCUGGGACUAUUGGCCGCGCGAUGAAGGCAGAGCUGAGUGCGGAUAUGUGGGGCUGACUAAUUUGGGAGCCACUUGCUAUAUGGCCUCUUGCGUCCAGCACUUGUACAUGAUGCCACAGGCGCGAGCAGCUGUUUUGCGAGUUCCACCCACCGCCGCCCGUAAGCAUGGACCCACACUUCUGGAACUACAACGGAUGUUUGCCUACCUACUGGAGUCGGAACGGAAGUCUUACAACCCGCGAAGCUUCUGCCGAGUGUACCAGAUGGAUCACCAGCCGCUAAAUACGGGAGAGCAAAAGGAUAUGGCAGAGUUCUUUAUCGAUUUGGUGUCCAAGCUGGAAGAUAUGACGCCUGACUUGAAGCACUUGGUGAAAAGGCUCUUCUGCGGAUCCCUGAGCAACAAUGUCGUCUCCCUAGAUUGUGGUCACGUUUCCCGCACGGCCGAGGACUUUUAUACGGUUCGCUGCCAGGUGGCAGACAUGCGCAAUCUGCAGGAAUCCCUGGACGAAGUCACCGUUAAGGAUACCCUCGAGGGCGACAACAUGUACACCUGCUCGCAGUGCGGCAAAAAAGUACGAGCCGAGAAGCGGGCUUGCUUCAAGAAGCUUCCCCAGAUCUUGUGCUUCAACACCAUGCGCUACACCUUUAAUAUGGUCACCAUGCUUAAGGAGAAGGUCAACACGCACUUUUCCUUUCCGCUGCGCCUGAACAUGUGUCACUAUGUGGAGAAGACCUUGAUGCCGCAGCAGUACAAAGAGGAGCGAGAGAGGCGCCAAAGGGAGAAGGAAGGAGCAGAUGGUGGAGGUGAUGGGAAUGACAACGAAAAGGCAGAGGCCACGCUAGAUGCCGAUAUUGAAGAAUGCUACGAGUACGAACUGGUGGGCGUCACUGUCCACACGGGCACAGCGGAUGGCGGCCACUACUACAGCUUUAUAAAGGAGCGGACGAAGACUAGUUACCAUACGCAUGAGCGCUGGUUUCUUUUCAACGAUGCCGAAGUGAAGCCUUUCGAUCCCUCACAGAUAGCGGCUGAGUGCUUUGGCGGCGAGAUGACGAGCAAAACCUACGACUCAGUGACUGAGAAAUAUCUGGACUUUAGUUUCGAGAAGACUAACUCUGCCUACAUGCUGUUCUACGAGCGCCGACUGCCAGAGCAUCUGCAGCGCCGGCAUUCUGAGCUGCUGGUUACACCCACGCCCAGUCCCACAGUGGAAGAGAAGUCCGAGGCGGAGGAGCCCACUAAAAUGGAGACCAGUUCUAGUGAAAUCAAAGCAGAUGUGGAUGUGGAUGUGGAAGAUGAGGAGAAGGACAAGGAGAAGCUUGCACAGACUGAAACAGAGUCUAAGGAAACGCCUGCAAAAGAGGAGAUAGCGGAUGACAAAUCGAAGCAGGAUGAGCCUGAGGAAAAGGAAAUUGAAAAGCAAUCCAGAGAGGGCGAAAAGAAAUCGGAGACGGACGAAAAGCCCACGGAGAUAACGACCGUGAGCACUGAGGAGGAAAAGCAGCCAACAGCCAAUUGUGAUAAUCAGCAGACAAGCAACAAUAGCCACAGCAAAGCCAGCAACGAUCAGCAACCAUCCACGUCGAAGGCUGCCCAGAAGCUACAACUAUUUCGUCCAUUGUUGAACAAGGAGCUCGAGGAUUGGAUUUGGCAGGACAAUCGACAGUUCCUGCAGGAUCGCAACAUCUUCGAGCACACAUAUUUCAACUUUAUGUGGCAGAUAUGUGGGCACAUACCCCAAUCAUUAAUAUCAGAGACGGACGUCACCUGCAUGGCAGCCAAGUUGUCUGUGUCCUUUUUCAUUGAGACUUUUAUUCAUGCUAAGGAAAAGCCCACUAUGGUGCCCUGGGUGGAGUUGCUCACCAAGCAGUUCAAUGCCAGCCAAGAGGCCUGCGAGUGGUUUCUGUCGCACAUGUCGCAGGAGCCCUACUGGCCGGUCCAGGUGCUAAUCCAGUGUCCCAACCAAAUGGUGCGUCAAAUGUUCCAGCGUUUGGUAAUCCAUGUCAUCCAGCAACUACGUGCCUCACAUGCUGAUAUGUAUCUGGAUGUGAAGACAGACGAGGAUGACAAGGAGUUAAUAGGUCAAUCCUCUUGCGUCACCCGUUUUAUUGGUUCGCUCAUCUCGCUCCUGGAGCACGGUGCCCGAGCGAACCUGAGGCACUUGUCCGAAUAUUUUGGACUGCUUUGCGAGUUCUCACGGAUGGGAGAUGAGGAGGCCAUGUACUUGCUGCGCAUCGGUGUACUCAAGAGCCUGGUCGACUUCUAUCUGGGACACAAGCAAACAGACAGCAUAGACAUAAGCUCUGACAACGAAGACAACUCCUCUGAAGAGGCGCUGUCCGUGGAGAAGAUGCGUCCGGCAUCGCUAGACAAGAUGAUUGCUCUGUGUGCCAGCCUAGUGGAAAGAUCAAGAGGAGCCGACUUCCGGCUGCGACUCUCGCCCAAAGACUUCUCUGCAAUCGCCGGUGGCAAGGGUUUUCCAUUUUUGUACCAACAAAUAAAGGACGGCAUUAAUCCGCACCAGACAAAGCAUUUAAUACACGCGCUUUGUCGCUGGGAUGAGCGCCUGGCCACGCAGAUCAUUGGCAUGCUCUUCGCCUCGGUAACCAAGCACACGGAGCUGUGCGCGCCAUUCUUCAAGCUGCUCACUCUGCUCACCGAGACGCAGGGCGGUCCAGUUGGCCUGCCUUGUUUCACCCAGUUGAUCCUGCCACGAAUGUGGGACGCGGCCGAGUACUGUCCACAGUCCGUGCUCGACUGGCUCUCGCUGCAGGCCACCAAGAACAAGAUCGCCCACGCCUGGAUACUUCAAUCGGCCGAGAAGUGGCUCGAACAAUUCCUGCUGGCCCACGAUAACACUCGUGUUCGGAAUGCUGCCGCCUUUCUGCUGGUGGCACUGGUACCCUCCCAGCCUUUCCGGGCCAACUUCCGCGCCCACUCGCAACACAAGCUGCUGGCCCUCAAUCCUCACAGUUAUCGCGACAUAAAUAGCGAUGCCCAGGCGGUGCUGCAUCAGGUGAUCACGCUGCUCCUGCGAUUGCUGCGUCCAGCGCGCGUCUAUGCGGAUAUCGGAGCCCAUGGCACAACCAAGCUGACCGCGUACUUCAAUCUGCUCAGCUAUUGUAUGGUUUCAAAGACUGAAAAACUAAUGAUAGGUUCGUACAUGCGCUCCCUGUGGGAGCUGUUCCAUCCACGCCUCUCGGAGCCCAGUGUUCCGGCCCAUCACAAUAAGCACGCACUAUUAACAUUCUGGCACCACUCACUGGUGGACUGUCCGGAGAAUGCUGCCCAGGUGGCCAACUGCCCGGAGAUUACACGCAACAUUGCAUUUAAUUAUAUACUGGCCGAUCAUGAUGACGCGGAGAUAGUCACCUACAACCGUUCCAUGCUGCCCGCCUAUUAUGGACUACUUCGUCUGUGCUGCGAGCAGAGCCGUGCACUCACACGCCAAUUGUCCCAGCACCAGAACCUUCAGUGGGCAUUUAAAAACAUCACACCGCAUCCCACGCAGUACGCGGCCGCCGUGGACGAGCUAUUCAAGUUGAUGGCUCUGUUCGCCACCCGUCAUCCAGAUGCCAGUGAACAGGAAAAGCUCGAUGUGACCCAGUUUAGGAGGGCUGUGAUUGUGUCCUACACCAGUAGUCUGGAUGCACGUGUCUCCUGGUCCACGCUGAUUAGUGCUCUUAAGAUACUGGUCGACAAUGAGGAGGACCGCACGAUGGUGAUCUUCAACGGCGGCAUUGAGAUGUGUUUCGAGGCGCUGCACACGCUACAUUCCAUGCAUCACGAGGCCACCGCCUGCCACGUGGCCGGAGACUUAUUUGAUCUCUUGGGAGAGAUGCUACUCCUCCUAGCCACACUGCGAACCCGCACAGACAGUCCUGCGCAAAAGAAGCAGCAGCAACAACAGCAGCAGCUGGAGCAACAGUUGCAGUUGCAGCAGCAACAGAUGCUGCAGAAACAGCAACAGCAGUCGCAGAGCCAAACGCAAACACCGCAGACGCCGCAGCAAAAGGAAAAGCAGCUGCAGCAACAAAUGCAGCAGCACCUGCAGCUGCAACAAUUGCAGCAAAUGCAGUUCCAGCAACAGCACUUCCUGCGCCAGCAACAUCAACACUCGGCGCUGGCAAAGGCACUGCCGGAUGCAGUGAAGCGACUAGCUACGCUACUUAACACCUUCAAUUCGCCAGAGAUCAGUCGCAUGGCCUUGGAGGUGCUCAAGGAGCUGGUGCGCAAUCCCAGCCUGGAAACCAUUGGCAUUCUGGCGCCCAUUCUUAUCAACUGUCAUCUGUCCGUGGCAAAUGCUCCCAAUGCGAUCGGUCCUCUCGGACCGUACUUCCCGCGUCGCGGUGCGAAGCAUACGCCUUGGCCAUUGGGAGCCAAGAACUCACCACGUCCACCGCGGCCCAUGGUACAGAUGUGCAUCGCUCUGGCUGAGCUGACACCACGCGGUCUCGAUGCCGAUUACGACGUCCAGGUGGAGUCCUUUUACCGACCAUACCAUGACUUUAUCGACGUCAUGAUGCGCAUGUGCGUCAACACGGGCACUCUGAACGACACGCUAGUCAAGCUGCAAUGCUUGGUGGCCAUCGAGUCCACGCCGCUGCACUUCACCUAUUUCCCCAAAUUCUGGGUGGGCAUACACAACAAUGCACUGACGCACAAAUACGUUGAGCUGCUGGUGAAGAAUCAACUGUUGGUGGAGUACCUUCACAAUGUCCUGAGGGACGAGCGGAGCAUGUUGAAGGAUGCCUGCGUUCGCGAAUUUCUGGAGCUCUAUUAUCACAAGGUUGCCGCCCAGCUGCCAGUGGCACGUAUGAUCUACACAAUCAACUAUGGAAUGCACUCCAAGGACGACAUUGACGAGCUGUGUGGCGAUCUGUUCGCCAUCCGAAUCAUUGCCCAGGCCACUGGAGUACCGGCCUCAGUGCGCAAGGAGUUGCGAGGAUCGCUGAGGGCGCUUCAGAACAAGAGCGAACGGUUCAGGAAGGAAUCGGAGAGGGAGCUUUCAUCAUCUCCCUAUUUGCCAGAUCCAUUUCCGAACAAGAAGCAGAAACGUGACUCGCAAAAGAUCAAGGAAAAGGAACACCCUCAGACGGAGAGCGAGAAAGACACCUCAACAGAGAACGACAAACCAUCAGAUGUUUCCAUGGAAUCUAGCGGUAACGCGGAGCAAGUAACGGACAGCACAAAACCACCAACUCCUGCAGGCAGCGACGAUGAGCAGAUGGACAAAACUUCAGUUCCCUCGUCCGAUGACGAGACAGAGCUGGAAGACGAGCUGCAGCCGACGCCCAAGCGCAACAAGAAGGCUUCGAAUAAGAAGACCGCACAGGAUCGUCUCAACGAGGAGCGCGAGAAGCGACUUAUCACGCUGAUCACCAUGGAAUCGUAUAUCCAGAGCAUUUUUGCCAUCCUUAAGAGAGAUGCCAGUGUUCCCAGUUCGGGAGCGACUAAGGAGCCCAGUGAGGAACCGUGUGGCGAGGCAUCCACUUCGGCGGCUGCCGCUGUAAAGUUAUCUCGCCCCAAAGGAGCCUGUACUCCGCCGGAGCCGAUGUCCGAUGCAAACGAUACGCGUUGCAACGUAGAUACUGAGACAGAGGCGGAGGCGGAUGAGCAAUCUCCGAAGACGAGCCAGACAAAUGGUAGCCAACAGAACGAAUCCCCGCCAGCGGCGACCAGUGCAGACACUGUACCCGCGAAUCCUUCACCAGCUCCCGCGGCCGCCGUUGCGUCCACGUCCCAGGCGGCAAGUCCGACACAGAUUUAGUUGUCAUUCAACGAUUUGCUCAGCAUUUUGUUUUUCGGCAAGCCACUGGACUGAUAAUGGGCGCCGGCGGCUGACCACGGCUGAGCUCCUAACCUGUAAGAAUUUUGUGGCCAAAGGUCAUUGUUAGGUAACACGUAAGCAACCCAAGGUUGGUGCUAAUGGUUGGGUUUGGGUGCGUACCCAUGCACCCAAACACAAAAAAUAAGAAUCAGUCUAAUGGCAAAUCAGAGCGCCACAAGCUAUAUAGCUCCCAUUCCGAUGUUCGUUUUCGAGGAAGUGGAAAGUGCUGCGAAUUCGGCCUGCCACGGAAAUCGGAAACUGGUUUUGGGGUUAAUAGAUUAACUAAGUAUGUAUCUUAUCAACAAAUAGCAAUGUAACACACAUUCAGUCCCGACACGCGAACAGCCCUCACAUAUAUUCAAUAUAUAGAUAUAAAUGUAACUAGCUUAAGAUUAACCAGCACGCAAUGUCUCCCACACAGAGAAGCGAAACCCGUAAGAGAUCCCCUUUCAAAUGGAUGGUUAAAGUAAAGUUCUCAAUUUGUUAUGCCAAAAAAA